CCUUUACUUCCUAGUUCAUUUUUUCACCAAAACACUAUCAUAUCUUUACAUCCAUGGAGUUCCUAUAUCUCUCUAUCAUUCUUGCUUCCCUCUCUAUUCUCAUCACCAUUUUUUCUCUCCGACACCGCUCCAAUGACGGUGUCAAACUGCCUCCGGGCAGCUUCGGAUGGCCUAUUAUCGGCGAAAGCAUCGAAUUCCUGUUUGGCAAGCCAGAAAAUUUUGUGAACUAUAGGAUGACAAAGUACUCUCAAGAGAUCUUCAAGACGAAGAUUUUCGGAGAGAAAACAGCAGUCAUAUGUGGCCCAAAUGGAAACAAGUUUCUCUUCUCCAAUGAGAGAAAAAUCUUCACUGGUUUCUUGCCUCACUCAAAGCAGAAGCUUUUCCUCUCAUCAAAACCUGAACCAGUGGCAGCUCCACCAGUUCCACCACCACAUGCGGUGGUAGCAGUGGCAGCGGUGGCUGUGGAUGAUGUAAAAGAAGUGAUAAGGACACCUGGGUUUUUCAAGCCUGAGGCAUUGUCGAGUUACUUGGGGAUAAUUGACUCAAUUUCACAGCAACACUUGAAGACUCAAUGGGAAGGCAAAGAUGAAUUGAAGGUCUACCCUCUGGCCAAGACUCUGACCUUGUCGAUUGCUUGCCGGAUCUUUCUAGGGAUGGAAAAUCCAGAUCGUAUCACGAGGCUGGUUCGCUAUUUUGAUGAUGUCACCUUAGGGUUGCAUUCGAUCAUGGUGAAUUUUCCUGGCACUAACUUUUAUCGUGCUAGCAAAGCUGUUGAUGCUAUUCGAAGGGAGCUAAUGGCAGUGGUGAGGGAGAGGAGAGCCGCUAUGCUAGGCAGUGGAGGAGCUAUGAAACAAGAUAUAUUGUCUCAUAUGAUUGUAGUGAGUGAUCCAACUGGGAAGGGUAUGGGUGAGGCUGAGAUUGCUGAUAAAAUAAUGGGUUUGUUGGUGGCUGGUUAUGCCAAUGUAGCUGUCACCAUUUCUUUCUUCAUGAAGUUUGUGGGAGAAAGUCCAGACAUCUACAAUAAGGUCCUAUCAGAGCAAUUGGAGAUCUCAAAAGAUAAAAAGACAGGAAAAUUGCUAGACUGGAAUGACAUGUCGAAAAUGAAGUACUCAUGGAAUGUAAUGUGUGAAGUGAUGAGAGUUGUCCCACCUCAACAAGGAACCUUUAGAGAAGUCUUAACUGACUUCACAUAUGCUGGUUACACAAUUCCAAAGGGCUGGAAGGUAUAUUGGACAGUUAACACAACAAACAAGAACUCUAAAUACUUUCGGGAUCCAGAAAAAUUUGAUCCGUCAAGGUACGAAGGCGGAGAAGCACCGGCUCCAUACACAUACGUGCCGUUUGGAGGUGGGCCUAGACUUUGCCCUGGAAAAGAGUAUGCUCGUUUAGUAGUGCUAACUUUCAUCCACAAUGUGGUGAAGAAGUAUAAAUGGGAGGUCCUUUUUCCAAAGGAGAAGGUUUUAGGUGAUAUGGUGCCAAUGCCAGAAAAAGGAGUUCCAAUUCGCCUCCACCCACAUUAGUUUUUUUGAAUAAUGCUAAACAAAUAAAAUCUUCACAAAAAAUAAUUGUGAUCUUUUGUAAUUUUUUUUGUUUGGAAUCAAAACAUACAUUAUUGUGACUCAAAAAUUUGAAAAUGUUCCUAUUAUUUCAUUUUGUAUGAAUUUUACGCAUAGACUAUGCAUAAAAAAUUUCUCUAGUAUUUAUUCAUGUAUGUGAUAAACUUUCUAUGCCAUUCAAUUUGGACUUCAU